GGCUGAAUCAAACAAACUUACCUAUCAAGACAUCAUCAUCGUACUGCUCAAAAUCCCAAUCCUCGUCGAUUGCUAUUAAUGAUGUCCUCGCCGAAAAAGCCGCCGGCGGUGAAAUCCGAACGUCCACCGACGGCGAUCACGCACCAACCCGCCUCCCCUCGCUUUCCAUCCGCGACACCCACCGCGGGGGCACAGCGUAAGAUCGCAAUCGCCGUAGAUCUCAGCGACGAGAGCGCCUACGCCGUGAAGUGGGCAGUACAGAACUACCUCCGGCCGGGCGACGCCGUGAUCCUGCUACACGUCCGACCCACCUCCGUCCUAUACGGCGCCGAUUGGGGAGCCAUCGAUCUGUCCGUCGUGUCGGAGGCCGCGUCCGCCAGCGACGAGGAGUCGCAGCAGAAACUCGAGGACGAUUUCGACAAUUUCACGACCUCAAAGGCGAACGACGUGUCGCAGCCGCUGGUGGAGGCGAAUAUUCCGUUCAAGAUCCAUAUCGUGAAGGAUCAUGACAUGAAGGAGAGGCUCUGCCUGGAGGUGGAGAGGCUUGGGCUGAGCGCUGUAAUAAUGGGUAGCAGAGGAUUCGGAGCUUCCAGGCGAAGUGCUAAAGGGAGGCUUGGGAGCGUCAGCGAUUACUGCGUGCAACACUGUGUGUGUCCUGUUGUUGUGGUGAGAUAUCCAGAUGAUAAAGAUGGGUGUGCGGGUCCCACCAAAGCUGCUGACGAGGAUAUGAUGUGCCUUCACCCUGUGCCUGAGGAAGAAGCCAUUUAUCACGACGCCUCAGACAAAGCUCCAGAUAUGGGGAACACAUCUUGAGAAAACAAAGAUGACAGACAAGGGAUGUUUAGAAGUGAUGGACAAAAGGCAGUUGGGUUGUGGACUCCUAUGUAAACGCGAGAAACAGAAAUGGUAAUCCGGCGUUCAGUUCUAGCUGGUUAAGUGUGGAGUGAUCGGUUGGCCUUCACCAGCCUGCAUUGUUUUUCAUGUACCAAAGAUAUAUACUUUCCAGACUUGCUUUUCAAAGAUUUCCCCUACCACAUAAGUCAUUUUCUAAACUUUGAAAUGCAGUUUAUGUUUAUAUUGAAUGCGUUUUGUGGGUUGAUGUUCAAUUAGCCAGUACCUUCAGCAUUAGCUAUGUUCUAUUUUUUUUUAGCUAUGUUCUAUAGAUUCAAAAUGCUUUUAUCAAAAUAUAUUGUUUUGUUGCUGGUA